CACUGUGAAUGUUAUACAGGAUACAGACUUCAUGCUGAUGAACGCACCUGCCUAAAGAUGGACCCCUGCACAGGUGGGAAUGGAUGUGCCCACAUCUGUCAGAGCAUGAAUGGAGUGGCCAGGUGUGCCUGUCGCCCAGGCUACCAGCUGUCUGAAGACAAAAAGGCCUGUGGAGACAUAAAUGAGUGUGCAGAGGAGCUUGCUAACUGUGGCCAUCUCUGUGUAAACACAGUGGGAUCUUUCACCUGUGCCUGCCACCCUGGCUUUGAGCUGGGAGCUGAUGGAAAACAGUGUUACAGGAUUGAACUGGAAAUUGUCAAUAGCUGUGAGAAGAACAAUGGUGGUUGUUCCCAUCACUGUGAACAUGCACUUGGUGGGCCCCGUUGUUCCUGUAACCAUGGACACCAGCUUGAUGCAGAUGAGAAAACAUGCAUAGACCUUGAUGAAUGUGAGAGUGGAGAAGCCUGCUGUGCCCAGUUCUGCACCAACUAUUUUGGAGGCUAUGAAUGCAGCUGUCAGGAAGGCUUUCAGAUCAGUCCUGAUGGCUGUGGAUGUGAUGAUGUAGAUGAGUGUCUGGAUAUCAGCAUAGUCUGUGACCAACUAUGCAUCAACUCUCUGGGGACAUACAACUGUACUUGUGAAGAAGGCUACAGAAUUGGAAGUGAUGGGAAAACUUGCAUCUCUUUAGAUGAUGAUGAGCUAGAGGAGGAAGAAGAGGAAUUAGAAGUUGUGAGGUCUGCCAACCUUCUAUUCAGAAGCCCAUCUCAACUGCUUCAUUAUGUCACUAUGUCUCUGCCUUUCGACUAUCAAGAUGAAGAAGAUGAGGAAGAGAAAAAAGACAUUCGAGGAGAACUGACUGCUUUUCAGAAAGUUGUCUGUUUAGAUCACACGUUUGGACAUGAUUGCAGCUUGAGCUGUGAAGACUGCAUGAAUGGAGGCAGAUGCCAGGAAGGAAAGAGUGGGUGCUCCUGCCCAGUUGGCUGGGGUGGCAUUCUUUGUAAUGAAACUUGUUCUCCAGAGACCAGUGGGAAAGAGUGUGGAAGCAUCUGUGAUUGUCGGAACGGAGGCACCUGUGAUCCUCUGACUGGGCACUGCCAGUGCCCCCCAGGGGUGCAUGGAAAAACCUGUGAACAUGGAUGCCCAAAAGGAUUCUUUGGAAAGAACUGCAAAAGGAAAUGUAACUGUGCCAACAAUGGCCAUUGCCACGGGGUAUAUGGCGCCUGUGUGUGUGAGCCAGGGCGCUAUGGAAGGUUUUGUCAUCUGAACUGUCCCAAGGGGGCCUAUGGGGCUGGCUGCUCUUCCGAAUGUCAGUGUGUGGAGGAGAACACCCUAGAAUGCAGCGUCAAAAAUGGCAGUUGCACCUGCAAAUCUGGUUACCAAGGCAACCGAUGCCAGAAAGUCUGCCCUGAUGGCCUCUGGGGACCAGAGUGCCAGUUCUCCUGUGGACCCUGUGAAAAUGGAGGUCAGUGCAACAAAAAAACUGGAGGCUGUGACUGUCCCCCUGGUUACACAGGAAAAGCCUGUACCAAACCUUGUCCACCAGGCACAUAUGGGAAGGACUGUAAACAGGUAUGUCAGUGUUCAACCGAGAAUGAAGACUGCCACCCAGUCACAGGGAGAUGUACCUGUCUGCCUGGCUACCAUGGAAACCGCUGUCAUCUCAAAUGCCCAGAAGGUACAUAUGGUCCAUAUUGCCAAAGGACUUGUAAGUGCCUGAAUGGCGGCAACUGUGACACCAUGACUGGCACUUGUGACUGCACUUCCGGCUUUAUUGGGGCUGACUGUGGUCAAACUUGUCCUGAGGAUCACUAUGGGCAGGACUGUGUCCGGCGCUGUUCCUGCGGCUCAGGACGCUGUGACCCGGUGACUGGAGGGUGCCAGUGUUCACCUGGCCAAAUAGGAGCCAGGUGUCAGCAAGGAUGUCCCCAAACAAGGUAUGGCCCAAAUUGUGAGCUAAAAUGUACCUGUAAAAAUGGUGGUCUUUGCAAUCCUGUGGAUGGAAGCUGUACCUGUGGCCUUGGAUGGACAGGAAAUUAUUGUGAAAAAGAAUGUCCCCCUGGGUAUUAUGGCCCAGGCUGCCGUUUUAAUUGUACAUGUCAGAACAAUGGAGUUUGCAACAGGUUUUCUGGAAGCUGUGAAUGCCUCCAAGGUUACUAUGGAAGAGUCUGUGAACAUGCAUGCCUUCCUGGAUUUUAUGGUUUGAAUUGUGCUCACGUCUGUGACUGCAAAAAUGGAGCUAGUUGUGAUGUAGAGAAUGGACAGUGCAUUUGCCCAGCAGGUUUCCAUGGCAGCCAGUGUGAAAAAGAGUGUUCACCUGGGAUGUUUGGAGACAAAUGUCAUCAACUCUGUGACUGUGAAAAGCAAAGCUCCUGCCACCCAGUAACUGGAAAAUGCCUCUGCCCACCUGGGAGAACCGGAGCCAGAUGUGAAGCGGAAUGCAGAUCAGGCCAGUAUGGACCUGACUGCGCUCUCAAGUGCCAAUGUGUCCACAGAGCUCACUGUAACCCUCUGAAUGGGAGCUGCACUUGCCCCUCGAGGAGAAUGGGUCCCACUUGUGAAGAAAAUGGUUUGGAUGAUACUCAGUAGCCAUAUACUGACAGCUUUUCAGUGGGUGAAUAGAAUUUUGCUGAGGUUCACCCAUGAUUCAUCAUCUUAACUCUGUCAAAGAAAUGUAAUCGCUCAACCAUGUUCAGCUCAACCUCGCCUGCCAUGAGGUGAAAAACAGGACAUCUCAACUUUAUGGCCUCCAAGCAUAAGUUAAUUCUCUGGUCUACCCUGCCCAACUUCCUUUUGCCAAAGAACAUGCCCAAGACUAAGAGAAUGUUUUUUAAAGAUCCCCAUCAUAGUAACAUUUUGGACUAAUAAAUGAAACUUUUUUUAUAUGCACAGGCGGUAUUUAAAUUUGGAAGUAAGAACUGCCUUUCAGUUCAGGUUGGACUGUGCUGAAAUAUUCACACUUAUUCACUGAAGACCUCAGUGGUCAUUAAGUAGCUGGAUUCUCUUUAGAAAUGUCUAGAAUUUCAUCAAUUUUUUCUCAGUAUGCUGCCUUACAUCUAAGUCUGCUUCAGAUUGUGAAUGUAUUGUAUUUCAAACAUGAGUUUUGGUGUGGGAGACUCUUAAGACUUUAGCCACAUAAAGAUCUGGGUAAAAGUAUGACGUGCACACUUACAAUGAAUCAUCAAAAUGUUUAGUGGUGUUCUUCUCAUCACUGGUCAGCAGACAGGAAAAAAAAAGAGUAGAAAUGAUCAAAGCAAGUGCUUUGCCUGUUCUGGGGGACACAAAUUUCCCAUAGAGUAGGGCCCGACCAGAAUUACACCUUUAAUCCACAUUGGUAAUCUUCAUCCUAAUUGCUCAUCAUUUAGGUCAGCUUUACUGCCAUUUGUAAGCACAGCCCUGUAAUGAGCCCAAGAAAGAUACAGCAAUAAAUACAAUUGUAUUUUUGUUUUCAAGUAGUUUAAAAUCAUUUAAAAUUUUAGACUAUUGGUUAAUUCACAUUGGGUAACAGUAUUUUCUUGAUUGGAAAUGUUACUUUACUCAUGCUUUACUGAGGUAAAAAUAGGGAAAUAUUGAAAGUAUAUGACUAAUGCAUAUUGUCUAGAGUAGCUUUUAAAUCAAAACUGAUUUAGGAUAGAAUUGACUGAAGGAUUUAUGAAAAAUACUUAGUGUUAUCAAUUCAGUAUAGUUUCUGGUCUUUAUUUAACACUUAUCUUCCUAUAUCUCAGCAUAUUUAAGAGAGAUAUAGCAUACCUAUAAUUCACAGCCAUGCCAAUGUUAAUGUUAUUAAAUGACAUAAAGGACUUGAUUAAAUAUAAAUUGGAUUUGCUCUUAAAAGAGCCACAAUCAACUUAUCCUUUUCUUUUUUUUCUCUACCUACAGUAUUUGGAAUUAAAGUUUUAUGUUUGUAUUUAAAUUAAUUUUAGCUAUUUUUAUCAAAUCAUUUAAAAACUAUGCUUUAUUUGAAUGUUUUC